AACUCAGGAGUAAGCUAUGCAGGGCAAAAUCAGGGGCAUAUACUAAAGCUCAAUUAGAACUGCAGAAAAAAAGGCUUGUAGAGGGGCAAUAUCUGAACUUUGGACAAAGAUGAUUUUUUAUAUUUGACUCAUUUCGGAUUCACUCGUAUUUUGAUUGCACCGUUAUUCGCUAACACACUCUUCUUCUCAAGUGCUUUCAGUCGGAAUUUAUUUAACUUUGUUCAUUCUCCGGAAUCUUUUUUGACAACUUGCUCGUGUUAGAAUAGGACAAAAAUGUAAGGGAAAUGUACACCGAGCGACAUUGAGAAUUAGUCAUGUUUGGGUUAAACAGGAACCAGCGUCUUUCCUUCCUUCUCCAUGCAGGCAACCAACUCUGGAGGGAGGAAUGAUGAUGACGCUAGCGAGCUAGCUAGCUAGCUAGCUAUCCCAGCAGCAGCAGCAGUUGUUUGAUUACUGAUGCCAUUCUUUGCAAUUCACUUGCUCGCGUAAAACGAUGAAUUCACUGCUGUCUAACCCGCAAGGGAACGGACUCCUUUACGCUGGCUUCAACCAGGACCACGGUUGCUUUGCCUGUGGGAUGGAAAAUGGAUUUCGAGUGUACAACACGGAUCCUCUGAAGGAAAAGGAGAAACAAGAGUUCUUGGAGGGCGGGGUCGGCCACGUGGAGAUGCUUUUCCGCUGCAACUAUUUGGCUCUUGUGGGCGGAGGAAAGAAACCCAAGUACCCGACCAAUAAAGUCAUGAUCUGGGAUGACCUGAAGAAGAAGACCGUCAUUGAGAUUGAGUUCUCCACAGAGGUGAAAGCGGUCAAGCUUCGACGUGACAGAAUUGUGGUGGUCCUGGACUCCAUGAUCAAAGUCUUCACCUUUACCCAUAACCCUCACCAGCUGCACGUGUUUGAGACCUGCUACAACCCCAAAGGUCUGUGUGUGCUGUGCCCCAACAGCAACAACUCCCUUCUGGCGUUCCCUGGCACUCACUCAGGCCAUGUUCAGAUAGUGGACCUGGCAAACACAGAGAAACCGCCGGUGGACAUCCCCGCCCACGAGGGGGCGCUGUGCUGCAUCGCCCUCAACUUACAAGGCACCAGAAUAGCGACGGCAUCGGAGAAAGGGACACUUAUCCGAAUUUUUGACACGUCGGCGGGUCAGCUCAUACAAGAGCUGAGACGAGGCUCCCAGGCGGCCAACAUUUACUGCAUCAAUUUCAACCAGGACGCAUCUCUCAUUUGUGUAUCCAGCGACCACGGCACAGUGCACAUCUUUGCGGCCGAAGACGCCAAGAGAAAUAGGCAAUCCAGCUUGGCCUCAGCCAGCUUUCUUCCCAAGUACUUCAGCUCCAUGUGGAGCUUUUCCAAGUUCCAGUUGCCGUCAAGCUCGCCGUGUUUGUGUGCCUUCGGAACAGAGCCCAACGCUGUCAUAGCUAUUUGUGCUGACGGCAGCUACUACAAGUUCCUCUACAACCAGAAAGGGGAGUGUUCCAGAGACGUCUAUGCCCAGUUCCUGGAAAUGACGGAUGACAAGAUAUGACCUUUUGAAAUGUUCCUCGAGGAACCAGCCUAGUUGUCUUUCUUUCUUUUUCUUUUUCUUCCCAUUCUCCACAAGGGACGAGAGGUCCCUCUGCUGCACUUCUCUUAAAUGACUCUGCUGAAAGAGCUUCAGUUGGAGGGGACAGAGAAAGAAAGAGUCAAGGCGACAGCGACGUCCACCCUUGAACAAAACGCCAGGGACUGAAACAGCAAAGCAAGGAGGUGCUUUGGACAUCAGUCGCUCGCUUUGAAGAUGUCCUCUGAUGACUUUCCAGCGAAUGGCUAUUUUUUUUAAAUCACCUAGAGAGAUUUUUGUCGACUCACACCACCUAAGCUAAUUCUAGGGAGUGCCUCUGAGUGGAGCGAGAGAGAACCUGCAAAUGUGUCACGUGGCAAAUGUUUCUCCAAGCAGGCUUACAAAGAGCACCCGAGAGAGCUGAGUUCAUCAUUGCAUCCGUCACUCAAUUCAAGACUGAAUAUUAAUUACAUACCAUUGUGCAGAAUGAAGUCAAGUCAUAUUUGCCCGAAGCUUUUUUUUAUAUAUACAUUGUGCAAUACAUUUUUUAUUUGUUUUGCUAUAGCCGUGGUCUAAUUUUCUAGCCAUGUAUUAUGGCUUUUUUUUUUUGUUAGCACGUAGCGGAGUCGAUAAAGGAAAAAAAAUGAUGCUACUACAAACAUAUUAUGAAUAAGUCCUGAAUAUUAAAAAAAAAAAAAUCUGAUUUAUGCCCUAAAGUGUUUAUAUUAUAUAUAUCCUUACACAAUAUUGAGUUAAGCGCGCCGGAAACUACAGGAAUCGGGUUUCAAAUGACUUUCCGUCAUAAGAAAAUUGCGAUUUUUUUUUUUUUUGUUUCGAUUACACGUAAUGUCAAAAUACUCUACUUGUAAUCUGCUCUCUGCUGUGUACAUACAUUCUAUCUAAAGAAAAAUAGGGAGUUGUCUUCCAUGACACCAUCUUUAUGAAUUCAGAGAAAUCCUAUUUUCUAAAGUAUAUGUUCCAACUUCCCACGAGGUCCGUGACUGCAUUUUCAUCGUAACAUUUCACUUGUUCACCAGAUUGUUUAUUUGUACUGUAUUCUUCCUCCAUAACUGAAGAUUGAAGGGACGCCGCUCAAAAGUGAUCAUUAAGUUUGAUUGUAAAACAUGAACAAAAUCUGCAUUGACAUUUGCUAAUUAAAUAUACGAGCUUUUACAUUUA